AUGACUUAUAAUUUAAAAAAUGAGGAAGAAGUGAAGGAAUAUAUUAAGAACCUUGGAACUGAAUAUCGCUUUGGAUGUUUUAGUGAAAAAAAACCUGAAGUAUGCCACCUACUAGGCGAUUAUUUAGAAGCAACUUCCCAAGACUUUGAUAAAGCAGGCAAAGUGUAUAGGGUUAAUUGUGACAGUAGUAAUUUUGGCCGAAGUUGUUUUAAAAUUGGAAAUUAUUUUCUCACCGGUAAAGGUGGCCUUCAGAAAUCUGAAUCUAAGGCUGUUGAAUAUUAUGAAAAAGGCUGUGAGCUAAACGAUUUUGAUUCAUGCUUUAGAGGAGGAAUGAUUAGUGUAUUGAGUAGUAGAACCAAAUCACCUGUUAGGACAUUGAAGCAGAGUGUUGAUCUUUUGACGAAAGGUUGUGAAGGAAAAAAUAAAGAUGCCUGUUUCCAUUUAAGUAGCGUAUACUUAGAUGGUGCCACUUGUGGGACUGAAAAAAUUUGUAAAGACAUGGCUAAGGCUUUUCAUUAUGCCGUUAGAGCUUGUGAUCUAGGAAGUAUUCCUGCGUGUGUUAAUGUUAGUGUCAUGUACAAGAAGGGUGAAGGUGUGGAGAAAAAUAGUAGUCAAAGUGAAAAGUACAAGAAGCUUGCUAUAGAACUGCAAAACGAAAUAAAGAACCAGAGGGGAUUAGUUUUUCAACAAUAA